GCGGGUUGGGCGGGCGGGGGGGGGUUCUCUAAGGGGCUCUCGCUCGGCGCGGCCAUGGAGGCGGACGGGAGCCAGGCUACCUCGGGGAGCCCCGGAGAGGCGCAGCACGACCCCGGCAAGAUGUUCAUCGGCGGCCUCAGCUGGCAAACCUCACCAGACAGCCUUAGAGACUAUUUUAGCAAAUUCGGAGAAAUUAGGGAGUGUAUGGUCAUGCGGGACCCCACCACCAAGCGCUCCAGAGGCUUCGGGUUCGUUACGUUCGCGGAUCCGGCGAGUGUAGACAAAGUCCUGGCUCAGCCGCACCACGAGCUGGACUCCAAGACGAUUGACCCUAAAGUUGCGUUUCCCCGACGAGCACAGCCCAAGAUGGUCACAAGAACAAAGAAAAUAUUUGUAGGUGGAUUAUCGGCUAACACAGUAGUGGAAGACGUGAAGCAAUACUUUGAACAGUUUGGCAAGGUAGAGGAUGCCAUGCUAAUGUUUGACAAGACGACCAACAGGCAUAGAGGAUUUGGCUUCGUAACUUUUGAAAAUGAAGACGUGGUGGAAAAAGUCUGUGAAAUUCACUUCCACGAAAUCAAUAAUAAAAUGGUAGAAUGUAAGAAAGCACAACCUAAAGAAGUGAUGUUUCCACCAGGGACGAGAGGAAGGGCACGUGGGCUGCCGUACACCAUGGACGCCUUCAUGCUAGGGAUGGGAAUGUUGGGUUACCCGAAUUUUGUUGCGACAUAUGGCCGAGGAUAUCCUGGAUUUGCCCCAAGUUACAGUUAUCAGUUCCCAGAUGCUCUAGAGCUCCACACAGACACGCACAGGCACACAGGGACCCAGCUGCUCCCCGUGCUGGCCUGUGACUAUUUGCCGAUUUCACAAGACAUAAUUUUUAUCAACUAGUUCUUAAAGAUGCAUAACAAAUUAAUCGGGGUUUACUACAGUGCUAAUGAGAGAGACAGAGAAAGCCUGGGUGGUCCAUGUUUAAUAUCAAUGUCCACUGAAAAAUUGCUGCUCUUACUGGCUGGUUUGAUUGACUGGACUUUUUAUUUUUUUUUAUUUUUUUAACGGCUCCAUAUCCUCACUGCUUUGAGUUUGCUUUUUUUUUUUUUUAAUUACUUUUUUUUUUUCCUCUGCUUUGUUAUGAGUUUUUAAUGCCCACUUGGAAUGUAACUCACAAGGAUGGGGUCAGGGGCGUUCCGAAGGCAUGACUUCUCACAAACUUCUUAGAAAUCAUUUUAUCAACGCGGCGAGGAGGAUGAUGGGGUUGAUUUGGUCCCACAGACAGCCCCAAAGAGAGCGACUGGCGCUUUUUAACCUGCUGACAUCCAGCAGUGGCACCAAUCCCAGCUGGGUGGAGCAGGACGGGUGUCCCCUGUCCCUGGCAGGGCGGUGGUACCCAGCUGUGUCACCCCGUGUCACCUGUCCCAUUCCCUGCCCUCCGGCCUGGGGCUCUUUGGGAGCUGCCACCUCACACCAGGGCCGUGGUGAGAUGCCACCAAGACUGGGGCUCAGGCAGCUGCUGCCCCCGCAGCAAUUCCUGCCCUGCUCCCAGAGCCAGAGGGGCUUGGAGCAGCCUGGGACGGUGAAGGUGUCGCUGCCCCUGGCAGGGGUGGCACCGGGUGAGCUUUAAGGUCCCUUCCAACCCAGAGCACUCUGGGUUUCUCUGAUGCUUUGAUCUAACUCUGACCAGCGAUGGUCCUGCACACUCCCUGCAGCUGCUUCUGCUUGCAGACUUUGCUUGCAAAUCGUGGGCAAAUUUCCUAAAUUGUGGCCAAGCUUUCCCUGCUUAAGCUGCAUCACCCUGCGCCUCUUCCUCUCCACGCCAGUGGCAGGAGAGCUGCGAGCCUCCACCCCUGGCUUUGUUUAACAAGAGCAGAUUCUGGACUCGUGGGUAGAAAACACACAUUCUCGUUAAAUUCUGCUGGUCCUGGAGUGUUGCUACCCAUUGGAUAAGUUUGUGAGAAGUAUGGUGCAUGCUUACAGUAGAACUGUAAUGCAUUUUAAUGUUUGUUAAUCCACUUGUUUAAAAUGUCAGUGUCAAAGGCUCUACAAUCCAUGGCUGUGCUGUUCAUUUCAUUAAAGAUGCUUGAUGUAAUACUUGGGUAGUUUUCUUUUGACUUUUCUGCAGGCAAUAGCUUUUUUUAAUCUGUAUGGCUUCUUAUUAUUUUGUUUGGGGUUUUUUGCUAUGAAUUGCUUUGCUUUUGUGAACUUGUCUUAGUGUGCAUGAUUUGCAAACAUUUCGGCUGUUGUGAAUUUUCUCAUUUUUUGUAAAUAGUCCAUCUGUGCUUUUCUUUUUUUUUUUUAUUUUUAUUUUCUUUUUUUUCUUUUUUAUGACUUUUUUUCCUGUAAGUAACUGAGGUAGAAAAUAAUAAUAAAUUGUUUACAACGGAUCUGCUGUGUUGCUGCUCUCUUAGCUUGCAAUUUUAAUAUUUUGGUUUGGACACCCCAAAUAACCAGUACCAAUGACAGUUGAAUAAAAGAAUAAAACCAUCACUCAAAACGUGUGACCCACUGUUUGAAGAACCUGCAGAGGAACAGUUGCAUGCAAGGUGUGUUUACAGCAGAAAUUAUACCCAAAAAAAAGGACAAAAUGCACUCCUAACUGGGGGAGAGGAAAUUGCAGCAUCCCCCUGGUCCUGCACCCCUGUGGUGGGAUGUUCUGCACUGUCCUUCAUCCCAGUUAUAUUUUCUCCCAUCAUCACCUGAGUGUUUGGGGAUUGUCAAAGUUUCAUAGAAGCCUUCAGGUUAGAAAUUUAAAUUAUUUAUUUUAAUUAAGGGUUUGUUUGCUUGCAUGUUUGUUAAAGCUUAUUAAAACCUUUGUAUAUGGUGAGAGGUGGGAAAAACAAAUAUUUUCACAAACUUCGCAGAGCUCAGGGAAAUAGAUUUGCUUCUUAAUACUGGUGCUGCAAAGGCCAUGGGCUCAGCCUUGGGUCACGCUCCUGCAGUGCCUGGGGCAGUGGAAAUGCAACACGAGAUGGUUCAAAGUCUCAGUCUGAUGGGGUUUGUUACUGUGAGAGCAUUUAAACCAACUUUCUGUUGAGCUUAGUUCAGUUUCUCUCCCCGUGGCAGUCCCACGGUGUUCAUCAGCUGGGCAGGGAGCUGUCCCGUGCAGGGUUAUGUGUGGUGCUCGCCUAGGAGGUAGGAGCUAGAAAAUAGGAAUUUUCCAGGUGAGGAGAAGGAGCUGGUGCCAAAGAUGAGGGGAAUUGUUCUGUUGUGCUUAAGGCUUCUUUGUCGCGGUGUCUUGAGAGGAGGAGGAGGAGAAGGAAGGAGGUUCCUGUGACUGGGGUUUAGGACACCCCGAUGCAGGUUCUGCUGCACAGGUUCCCCCUUGGUGAAUGAGCUCCAGGGGAGUGCAGUGGGGAUGGAAAAGGGUGUGGCUGCAGCAUCCCCAAAAGCCAGCCACUCCCUGUGUCCCCCUGCAGUGCUGUAAGACACCCAGCCUGGGGCGUGUGGUGCUUCAUGUCCCCAGGACACGUGGCCCUGUACUGGAGCACCCAGCUUCCUGCUCUGGGGAGGUAAAGUGAUUUUAAAGUGCAGCCUGCACAUGGCGUCCGUGCCCACAGGGAGUGAGGAAGUCUGUGUUAACAGGGCUCAGCUCUGCAAAGCGCUCUUCAAGCGCCGUCCCACCCGUGUGAGGCUUGUAGAACAUUUACUAAUGGGAGCAAAGUUUGUGUGGCCGAGAGACCGGAACGAGCAAACGUUUAAUGCUCAGAAGAGGAGGACCUGGUGGCAGCUGCAAAAUAGGAGGAGGAAAUGUAAAGCCUGUUUUAAAUUGUUCAGUUAGUUAAGCCUUGUAACAGCAAGAGACGUGGAACAGAGCUGGAGAUUUUUCUCACUCCUUUGUCUAACCCUUUCUUGACUGCUUAAACCUGCUCUGCUCUGCCCUGCACUGCAUGCCUUGUUUCCACCUGAGCACAUCACUGCAUCUGCAUGGCAUCCCUGGUUUACAGAGUGCUUUUGGAAUCUGUUGGAACCACCUGAGUUACCUCUUCCCACCUCUCCGUUUCAGCCUCCGUCCCUGAAAGCAAAGACUUUAGACUGGACCUGGUUUAAAAUUAAGCUUCUGGGUGUUCUUCUGCUGAGGAGGGGCCGUUCCCAUUGCAGGAGCAUCCCUGGAGGGAGGAGCAGCUGGAGCUGCAGACAGCAAACUGAGAAAUUAAUAUAGCAGAGCCCAUAAAUCUCCAGACAGAAGGUUCUCCUUCAAGUUCUGCUUAGAUUAUUGUGUUUUGUUGCAGGAAGAAAUGGUCUCUAGAGCUGUUCUCGGAGUCCGAGCAGAGCUGAAGCACCUUUGCCUUCAAGGCACUGUUUUUCUGAGAAAAGCUGUGGAUUUUGGUGUUGCAGAGAAUUGUGUAAAAGGCUUUUUUCAUCUUAUAUUUCCCCCUACCCCUUAAAGUAACCUUCUUGUUAGAGUUCGGGUGAGAUUUUCCAGAGAGAAGCUGUUGGUCUGUGUUGAUGGUCCCCCUUUUCCUGCCCCAUCCUCUCAAUGUGAGGGAGCCUGCUCUGGAGGUUUCCCUAAAUAUCAUGUCUGGCUGAGGCCCAGAACUGCCCAGGUCCUUCAUUAGAAUUUUCUCCACUUAUAACUUGAAUAACUGAGAAAUAAGAACAUCUUGAACGUUGAACACCGAUUGUCCUGUUCUCAGCUGCUCACUGAUCUGUGCCUGGUGUUAGAGGCUUUAAAACUUGAGGUUCAUUGCCCUGAAAACGAGUGAUCCUGAAGGGGCAGGGAGGAGAGGAAAGGAAAAAGAACCCAAGCCUGCUGGUGCCUGCAGAGGUCUGUGUGCUUUGGGGUGGUGCUGCAGCUCCAGAGCGAUGGUUUCAGCUGUGAACAGGCCGCAGCUGCAGUGACCAGGAGGGUUAAUGAGAGCAAUUAUUCACAAGAGUAAAGAGGCAGAACACAAACACUGGUGUGUGGAGGAAAACAUGGAUAACCCUGCGGGAGGAGGAGCGUGGUCUGGUAAUGCCCAUCCUGCUCUGAGGAAUUUGUGUCCAAGCCAGCCAGAGCACGAUGGCUCCCCUGCCUUGUGCCUCAGUAGAGACAAUUUUUAACUAAAGCUGUUGAAAACUGGGGCUGAGGUUGCAAAGAACUGGACAAGAUUUGUCUCCUUACAGCACAGAAACAUUCAAAUGGGAAUGUUUUGAUAGUAGGGUUUCCAGCUGGCCAUUGAGGAGCUUCCACCUCCUGCCUUGCCCAGGAGCAGUGAUGGUAGUUGCUGCAGCAAUGCCGUGAAGAUUUCUGGGCUCAGCAUCCCAAUCCUCUCCGUCACCUCUUUCACGAUAUGGAUUAUGGAGUGGCAGCUCUCCAGUGAGGCACUGGGAAGGUCCCUGCCUGCCAGUGAGGCUGUGCUGGGUGAGCUGCACGUGAGUGGUGAAGAGUUCCCCACCCUCUGAUGACCCUGUCCUGUGAUUUACUGCCUUCUCUUUUAUGAAGUUGCCUCUUUGUGCUGAAUUUUUUCAGCUUCAGCCUCCAGACACGAGUUCUUUUUAUGCCUUUGUUCAUCAUCAAGGACCUGUCUUUAAAUAAUACUUACCCAGAUAGUUUAGAUCAUUCAUAAAAAUUGAGACAAGCAGCUUAACCAAACAGCUCAUUUUCUCUACCAUCAGAGCAGCAGAAAUGAGGCUUGAAGCAAAUCAGUGCCACGUUGCUGAACUCCAAAUAGGUGCCUUAAUGUGCUUCCAUCUACCCUGCCCUUGUUCGUGCAGCAGCAGGUGACUGAAAUGCAGAAAUCCAGAGCUGCUGAGCUGGGGCUGGUGAGCUCCUGGCUGUUCCUGCCCCUGCAGCCAUCGUUUCCUUUGUGCUUAACUUGCUGAUUAAAAAUCUGUGAUGAGUGUUUGGCUUUGGCCUUUAAAAUGAGUUGUAGCGAGUCCAAAGGAGGUCACCAAGAUGUGAAAGGGAUGGAGCACCUCUCCUGCAGGGAAAGGCUGGGAGGAUUGGAAUUAUUCACCCUGGAGUGGAGAAGGCUUCAGGGCAGCCUGCAGGAAAGAUGGAGAGAGAUUAUUAACAAGGGCCUGGAGGGACAGGACAGGGAGGAAUGGCUUCAGACUGCCAGAGGGCAGGGUUAGGUUGGAUAUUGGAUGUUGAUAACCUACACCAGCUACCAGCUUUUGCUGCUUGGUUUGUGGUUUUUUGAAUAAGUAGCUUUUUUUUUUUAAACAAACUGUUUGCCUUUGAGAAGUUUCCCAGUUUUCAGUAUAGUGAAAUAACUGCAAAAGGAUUAUUGCACUUGAAAUGCCACAGAAUGAUAAUUUGGGGACAAACAAGGCUUUGUCUCUCUGAUGCAUGAAGUAAUUACUGGGCAGAAAUGCACCAUUCUCAUCCUAAAAGGAUCACAGCCCGAGAGUCCCAACAGCUGAAAAAAUGGGUCAUUUACUGUACAUAAAGUGGAAGUGCCAAAUUUUAAAUGGACUAUAUUUGGGAUUUAUUGUUUUGUUGAAAUUCCAGAAUGGGAAUAUUUGCUCAGCACAGGAUCCAUCUGCAAACAGCCAUGGGGGGUGUCAGACAGAGGACAGACCUGGUCCAGGCUGUGCCCUGGGUGGUGCAGGGGCUCUGGGAUGAGGGUCCACGAUGCACAGUGUCCUCUGGAUGGAAUUCCCUAACUUGCUGGAAGAGAUUUUAACAAGGUUGAUGUAACGCAGUGGAAAAAGACAAAGGGAAGCACUUAAGGGUCUGUUUCAAUACAGAACUCUAUUCUUGGAGAUACUGAAAAUGUUCAUAGAAUUGAUCAGAACCUCAGGAAAGUGCUGUCCUGUUUCCCUGGAGCUCUGCCCUGCUGUGCUGGGUCCUGUUUCCAUCAGCUCUGGUGUGGAUGGAGAAAGCUUCCUAGACUCUGCAAACUUUGAGAAAGCUUCACAGAAUCUGCAAUCAAAUCCCAAGGAGUUAAUUGCUACUGAACAGUGGUAAUGAGUUGUGAAUGAUGUGGUAGGACCCCGAUCUUUGAUCAGUUCUAGGGAACAUUUGAUUUCUCUGGGUGUAUGUUCUUCUCUCAGUAUUCAGCACUGAGUUCUUCUUCUCAAGCUCGGAGUAGUAGUAGGUUUUUUUCUUUCUCAUUUGUGUUUCCUUAUAGAAAGGGAGGGGGAGUGUGAGACAGAGAGCCUGGAAGAUGAAGGUUUUAAACAUAAAGGGAUUGUUUUGGGAUGGAGCUUUCCCUUGUGUGUGUUCACCAUUAAAGAUGACAUUUUUGCCCGGUAAAUUGGACCCACGCCUGCCUGCCUUCAAAACAAAACUACCAGGCUCUUCUGCUUCAUGGUUUUGAGUCUCUGAUACUUUUGAAAUGAAGCCUAAAGAUCCUCCAAAGAGGAUAACACAGCCUAAUGGAAAGAAUAAUGCAAGCAAGAACCCAUCAGAAAUGACAGCUGUGAGCCUGGUGCGGCUUUUCGGGCUGAUCAAAGCUGCUGGAAACUGCUGGAAAAGGGGGAUCAGCCCCUGGGAACUGCUGGAAAAGGGGGGAUCAGCCCCUGGGAACUGCUGGAAAAGGGGGGAUCAGCCCCUGGGAACUCUGCUGGAAAAGGGGGGAUCAGCCCCUGGGAACUGCUGGAAAAGGGGGGAUCAGCCCCUGGGAACUGCUGGAAAAGGGGGGAUCAGCCCCUGGGAGUGUUGCUGGAAAAGGGGAUCAGGCCCUGGGAAUGUUGCUGGAAAAGGGGAUCAGGCCCUGGCUCCUCUCCCUGCUCAGCCUGCACAGGAAUUCACAUUCCAGCUGUCUUUCCUGGGAGAUCAAGUGAGCCUCCUGGUCAGGUUCAGGUCAGCUACUGGAGCACCAGGGGUGUAAGGAGUGGUGUUGGGGGGUGAAGGAACCUCUGAGCUCGAUGCCCUCAGCACAGGGACCCCCAAAAGACCCUGCACAGGGCAGGCUUCUGCUCGUGUGUGAACACUCCAGACACCCCAUGAGCACAGAGCACGGGGGUUGCCUCUCAGGUGCAGUUUCGUGGUGGAUUUUAUUUAAUUCUCCGUGCCUCUUCCAUGACUUUGGCUCGUUUCUGAAGCCAGCUGGGGAUUUGGGCAUCUCAGCUUCCAUUUUAUUGUUUUAAAUCCCUGUGCUCAUUGCUGAAGUCUGAACUUGCAACCUCAGGUGCCCAAGUGCUUUGGCCAUUAAGAGGAAAUUCUUUGCAUGAUAUUUUUUUGAUGCAAGGACUAAUUUUGUGAUCUUUGUGCCCUUUUUUGGGUUGAUUCCUGUUGUCUUGACUCGUUGUCGAGGGUAGGGCUGUGUGUGCUUUGAGGAUGCAAGUUGUUUGGGGUCUUCAGAGGCUGAUCAGAGCAGGGCUGAAGCAGUCAGUGAUUUCCCUUGGAGCCAGAGCUGCAGGAGCAGGGUCCUGGCAGCAGGAAGGGGUGCAAAUGGUUCUUGGGUUGUUCCCUUGUGGUUGCCUUGUAGCCGAGCCCAGGCUGGAGGGCAGGAGAACUCGGUGAUUUAAGGAGGAGUGGUCCCACCAGAGCAGGAGAUGGAGCAGGGCAGAGAUCUGUGAGCCCCUAAAGCCCAUGUGAGGACUGGCCCUGCUCAGGCAGCACUGUCCUCGCUAGAUUUGUCCACAAAGCCCCUGGAAAUCUCCUAAAUCCUGGGCUCCCACUGCAAUGCCCAGAGCAAGGCAGUGGGGCUGUGUGCUCCAGCCCAAAGUGCCACCCUGGAUCCCCCUUCUCCUAAACUCACCUGUGCCUUGGAGGGACAACGGCCAUGGACUGAAUCUGGGAGCUCGGGGCAAAGAAUUUAACCCAGAUCUGUCCAUCUUCCCUCUCUGCUUCACUGUUUAAAGUGAAGCUAUUGAUGCAGGAAGCAGGAAAAUUUAUCUGUGAAAAAUUGCACUUGGAACGCUGGUUUUGGCUCAUUCUGAGCAAUGAGAGAGCAUGAAAUUGCUGUGAAUCCUCAGGGCUUUCCUGGACAGUGUGUGAGCCCAGUGCAAAGCGUUUAUUGUAAAAUACCUCCUAAUUGCAGUGCUUGAAGUGGGCACUGCUGGCCUUGCAAUGGCUCUGGGCUUCGUUUCCUCUGGGCAGCUGGGAGCAGUGGGCACACAAAGCACAGGGGUCGUUUGAGCAGGAAUCAGUGCUUUAAACAAACUCCAGCAAGGAGUUGAGCUCUCCCUCCACCCUGCUGAUUUUCCAGGUGACUUCAGAAGGCUCAGAGGGAGCGGGGCUGGUGCUGGCCGUGCUCCCCAUUGUCCAGGGUGGGAUCCAGAGGUGCUGCCAUCAGUGCUCCCCUUGGCCAUUGCUGUCUCCUGGAGAUUGCUGCACUUCCAGGCACUGCUGAGGGCAGACAGUGGCUCUGGGCCUGUUCCCAUGCUCUGCUGGCCACAAGUUCUCCCUGUCCCCUGCUCCAGCUCUGGGAGGCGUCCCCAGUGCCCUGUACUGGGAUCCCUGUCAGGCAGAGCGGGAUGGUGUCAGCUGCCCUCCUCUGCUGAGGGGGUCAGAGAGGCACAGAGUGGCACAGUGAGGUGGCACAGUGGUGGAGGUCACGCAGCGUUGGUGGCUCAGCAGCGGUGGCAGGGAAGCUGCUCCCAGCUGAGCCAGCCCGUGCACGUGGUGCCUGGCAAAGGGCAUUUUAGCAGGGGAUUGAUUGCUUUCAGUGGGCUGGAUUGAUCAGGGGGUCCUCCGGAGCUGGAGCCGUCCUGGGAGAGCAUCAGCGAGGAGGGUUUUGCCAGUCUUGAUGAUCAGUCCCAGUUCCCAUCUCCCGCUCCGGGGCCGGCGGCGCUCCCACGGAGCACGAGCUGCACUCGCACUUGAGCUGCUUGGAGCGCCACGUCUCAGGGAUGCUUUUAUCUCAGCACUGGGAUAAAAGCUUUCUUCAGCGGCGCAGGGAUUAAUUUUUCACACAUCUGUCCACUGGAAUGCAAUAAGGGAGCCUUUGUUCGGGCUCUUUCCGUGGAGCGCCUUCUCCACCCUUGUUAUUUCGCUCUCCUUUUGCAUGGCAAAACUUUUUGUCCUGCAUUUCAAAUAGAUCCUGAGUGUCUCUGGCAGCUGAACAAGAGAAACAAACUUUCCAGCCCUGUUUUUUGUGCUGUUCUCAGGGGAUGCUUGGUGAUUUGAAGGGUAUUUGAUUGGUUUUGGCAGAGGGGUUUUAUUCCAUGGAAAAUCCACGGCUCCUCCAGUCCCCUAUGGAUGGUUUAGGGAGCCCCUGGAGCCUCCAAAUGAGAGAUCUGUGGGUGGCCAGCUGCUCGUGGAGGUGCCAUGGGAACGCUGAGGACACUGCUCUUGGACCGUGCGCCGUGGUGGGCAGGGAGGGACAGGGGACAGUGCCAGCUCUGCUCCUGCCUGAGCCGCAGUGGGAGGGCCCAGAGCUUGGCCCAGACAUGGCUCUGCAUGAAAAUGAAGCCCCAGAGCCUCAGCCCUUGUCCUGCAGAUGCUUUCCUUGCUCUUUGGAGGGUGAUUUUACUCUUAACACCACAGUCUUCUCACUCCAGCCCUAAUCGUGUUGGGGGACCCACCCAGGGUUGAUGGCUCCAUCCAGUGAGAGGGAGUUUAGCACUCGGGUUCAGCACUGGUUCAGCAUCCCCCAGUCUGGAUGUGCUUCCCCCACAUCCCACUCCAUGGAGGCUGUGGCAGUUACCAGCAGACAGGCUCACCAGAGGAGCAGGGCUGGCUGUGCAGUGCUGCUCUCUGUGCAGGGGAGCACCACCCUGGGGAUCCUCUGCAUGCAUUUACCUGUGCUAUGUGUUUUUUUCC